AUAAAAAUAACACAGCAGUAGUGUAUCCACCCACUUUAUAACUGUUGUCUGUGUGUUCAGUAAUGAGCUUCAUUCCAACCCUCUUGCUGUUCUCCUUACAAUUAAUUUACCUCGCAGAAGGGUUGAACAUUCGUGAUUUAGGAGAUGUGAUACAAAAGUUAGAGGAUGCACACUUUAGAAAAGCAGAUUGGGAUAAAUUAGGCAUAAGCCUUGGUCUGAAUAAAAAUACACUGGAUGUGAUUAGUGCAAAUGAAAGAGGUGACGUUGAUAGGUGUUUUACUGAAUGCCUUGUAAAGUGGCUGAGCAGAGCUGAUGAUGUUGAUAGCAAAUGUAACGGAAAGCCAAGUUACAGUUCACUCGCUGAUGCUCUUGACCGUAUGGGAAAUAACAAAAACCAAGCUGACUAUAUAAGAGGUUUAUCACAAGGAAAGAAACCAGCUAAAAGGCAGAAACUUGAUCCCGGCAGCACUAAGAAAUGUGGUUCUGAUUACAAAUACAAUGAUGGAGAGUCUGAAGCAUGUGCAGCUGAUGAGGAAACUGAUGGACCCCCGCAAGACCUACCAGACUGGCAGUAUGAUGAUAAAAUCAUAAAUCGUGUCCCUGAAACUCAAGAGUUUCAUAAAGACCUUGUUAAAGAUAUUGAAAUCCUACUUAUGCCAGCCACUACAAGUGAAGAAGACUUAGUGGUGUAUUAUCUGAAGAAAUCAUCUAAAAAGGUCAUUGAAACAUACAUUGAUGGUCUGAGGAUAUACAUAGGACAUUAUGGAAAAAGCAAGGUCAUUGUUGUGAUGACCGCACCAGAUAAGAGCAGGCAGGGUCCAAUUCACGCUGGUGUCAUCACAUCAAAAAUGUUAGAAAAGUUUCUGAGGAUCAAAUAUGUUGUUGCUGUCGGUGUCUGUUUUGGAAUGGAUCCAGGAAAGCAGAAGUUAGGUGACGUUAUCAUUUCAGGCACGAUCUGUGAUUUCACAAAUAAACGUGAAGGGUUGGGUGAAAAUGAGUAUCAGAGAGGCCCUCAACACCAAGUAAAGCCAGCUAUUCUAAACAAAUUCCGACCUACUCAUGGUUUUGAAAUGCCACACAAUAUUACAGUCUCUACUGGUGUCCUUAUAUCUACAGGCAGUCUGAUCGAUAAUCCUGACGUUAAAAAGAAAUUGCUUGACCAAAAACCUGAUGCUAUUGCAGGAGAAAUGGAAGGAGCUGGAAUAAUGACUGCUAUUGAUUAUGCUCCUGAACGUGGUGUUAGUGCUAUUGUCAUCAAGGGUAUUGGUGACUGGGGUGAUGGUGACAAAGAAGCCACUAAAAAAUGGAAGCCAUUUGCAGCCCGUGCUGCUGCCCAUUAUGUGUAUGCUGUACUAAAUAAAUAACAAUAACUAACUGACUAAAUUUAGGUUAGUUUUUGUAAUUAUAAAAUUUUCAU